CACCGGUUGAAUCUUGAAAGUAAUCAAAACAUUAGAAUUCCUUCGUUAUUUCGAAUUAGCAAGUCGUUUACCCAUUGUCAUGUCGCCAAGGUCCGUGUUAAUUACAGGGUGCAAUAGGGGAAUCGGUUUGGAGUUUGUAAAACAGUUCUUAUCGAUGAAACAACCGCCUAAACACUUGUUUGCUACCUGCCGAAACCCUGCCGAAGCUGCGGACCUUCAAGCACUUCAAGCUGGUCAUAGUAACCUCCACAUACUUCAGUUAGAAGUCACAGAUGAAUCAAGAUAUGCCAGUCUUGCAGAAGAGGUUGGAGCCAUAGUUGAAGAAAAUGGGCUCAAUCUUCUAAUCAACAAUGCUGGUAUUCUAAUAAGGACAAACCUUCCUGAUGUUACUGCUGAAGUUAUGAAGAAAACAUUUGAUGUCAAUUCUAUCGCACCUAUCUUGAUUUCUCAGGCAUUUCUUCCCUUACUGAAGCGUGCAGCGGAUGCUCAGAAAGACGCCCCACUGGGCUGGGCAAGGGCAGCGAUUGUCAAUGUGUCAUCAAAGGUUGGUUCAUGCGAUGACAACAAAAGAGGAGGAUUGUAUGCUUACAGAGCAAGCAAGGCAGCCUUAAAUGUUUGCACCGUAUCCCUGGCACGUGAUUUGUUUAAGGAUGGUAUCCUAGCAACAGUGGUGCAUCCUGGAUGGGUGCUCACCGAUAUCGGAACGAAAAAUGCCCUAAUCGAAUCGAGUGAAUCCAUAUCGGGAAUGCUGAAAGUUAUGCAAGGCUUGAAUGAAGAAACAAAUGCAAGUUUCUAUGAUUAUGCUGGAAAGUUAAUACCAUGGUAA